AUGGAUCCAUUCACAGCAAUCGGGCUAGCCAGCAACAUCCUGCAGUUCGUCGAGUUCGGUACGAAGCUCGUCACCAAGGCUAAAGAUGUCCACGUUUCUGGCACCGGCAUGGCAGCCGAAGACGAGAGCCUAGCCCACGCCACUCAUGCUCUGGAGCAUCUGGCAGUACAGUUGAUCGAGUCGACUAAUGCAAAGAGCACGAGUCACGAGGAAGAUAUGCCGCGAAAGACUAGUCUAGACUGCAAAGCUUUGGCUGAUGAAUUGCUGGCUUUGCUCAAGGAGUUGCAAGCCCAUGACCCAAACUCUAAGCGGCAGAGCGUCCGGGUUGCUUGGAAAAGCACCUGGAAGGCCAAGGAGAAGGCUGCACUUGAAGAGAGGCUCUCACGAUGCGGGCGGUUGUUGGAAUAA